AUGCAGCACAACUCAGCGCCCGCCGUGCUGGUCACGACCAGGCAAAUUCAGAAUACACACACGGGGCUGGAUUUGUCAGUGCCGGAAUACCAGGAAAUCCGGGGGAAGAUGAUGUCUGGCCAUGUAGAAUAUCACAUUGUCGUUGUUACCCGACUGGCUGCCUUCAAAUCAGCAAAGCACAAGCCUGAAGAUGUAGUUCAAUUUAUGGUUUCCAAGAAGUACAGUGAGAUAGAGGAGCUCUACCAGAGACUGGCAGCACGGUAUCCACAGGCUUCUCUUCCACUCUUGCCUAAAAAAGUUCUCUUCGUGGGGGAAUCUGACAUCUGUGAACGAAGAGCUAUGUUCAACGAUAUCAUGAAAUUCAUCUCAAAAGAUGAGGAUUUAGCAAGAAGUCCUGAGUUACUGGAGUUUUUAGGAACAAAAUCUACUAGUGCCACUGACUUCAAGGGUAAAAACAUUCCUGAUGACAAGGAGAAAGAUGAAGAAAAUGAGGCAUUCGAUUUUUUCAAAGAGGAGAAGACAUCUGACUUAAUAUCACAGCUUUCAUCAGUCAAAAAUGCCAGGAAAGGGGAAAAAAAAGAAGAGGAAGAGGAGGAAGAAGAUUUAGACCCUCUCGGUAUAAUCAGAACUAAAAAAACAAAGAAGGCAUCUGCUCCUCCAGCCAAGGAAGAGAAGCCCAAAUCAACCAUUUUUGAAGAGGAAGUAGAUCCAGAUGAAGGACUCUUUGGCCCAGAGAAAGAUUUCUCAUCAAUUGGUUCCAAGAAGAAGAUGAAAGAGAAUCUGAAAUUAUUUGAAGAUCCAGACCUUGGUGGGGUGGUGAGACUGGGUGACUCAUUACUGCUGCCAGAUGCCUGUAAGAACAUGGAGUAUGUGCUGACCACAGGUCCUGAGGAGGAUACUGAGGCACUGCUGAGAGUUGAAGAUGAUAUAGAAAAGCUCUUGAAAAUAACCCCCAAACCAAAACCUAAGGUACCAUCAAAGCCACCACUGCCUCAGAAGCCAGCAGUUGCCCCACAGACCACUAAUUCAACUCCACUGACAAAGCCAAAGGAAAACAGGAUUCAGACAAUGAAUGAAGUGGACAUUCUCCAGUAUAUCCAGGAAAAUGAAUCUAUCAACAACCAAGACACAAGUCUUUUCUGAACAUACAUAUUUUUAAAAAUGUAAUGAUGACUUCUUGGACCAAGCUCCCAGUGAGCUCAAGUGAUGGUAGCAAGA